AUGGGUUUAUAUGCUUCGAAGUUAUUUGGUAACCUCUUUGGUAACAAGGAAAUGCGUAUCUUGAUGGUUGGUCUUGAUGGUGCUGGUAAAACUACUGUUUUAUAUAAACUAAAGUUGGGUGAAGUUAUCACAACAAUUCCAACCAUUGGUUUUAAUGUCGAAACUGUUCAAUAUAAGAAUAUUUCAUUUACUGUUUGGGAUGUCGGUGGACAAGACAGAAUCAGAUCUUUGUGGAGACAUUAUUAUAGAAACACCGAAGGUGUUAUCUUCGUUGUCGAUUCCAACGAUAGAUCUCGUAUUGGUGAAGCCAGAGAAGUCAUGCAAAGAAUGUUAAAUGAAGAUGAAUUAAGAAACGCUGUUUGGUUAGUUUUUGCUAACAAACAAGAUUUACCAGAAGCCAUGUCAGCUGCUGAAAUCACCGAAAAAUUAGGUUUGCAUUCUAUUAGAAACCGUCCAUGGUUCAUUCAAUCUACUUGUGCCACUUCAGGUGAAGGUUUAUACGAAGGUUUAGAAUGGUUAAGUACUAACUUGAAAAAUCAAUCAUAG